AUGGAUAUUAAGGAACAGACGGAAGUAAGCAACGACUCCCAAAACGAUGAUAACUUACCUCCGUCAGAAAAAUUUAACCCGUCACUUAUGCAGAAGGCUACUCCCGAAUACCUCCAAGAACUCCUUCUGGACAAAAAAACGUUACAAAACUUCCCCAACACUUUUAAACAUCUUGAAUUAAUCCUCGAAAAGGUCAUUUCGUUUGGUCCUUUAGAAAUCGCCCAGGUCCGAGAACGACUUUUUCACAAAAAUGGUUCCAUCCAGAUGAAUAGCACUGAUCUUCCCGAUCCCUCCGGCCAAAUCGUCACACUUCAAAGAAAAGUUUUUAUACCCGUCAAGGAAAAUCCGACACUAACACUGCUCACCAAUCUCAUGCAGUAUCAACUUCAACAAUUUGCCCUGAAGGCUCGAACUGUUAUCUUUGUAUCUUUCUUUCAGCCUGAAGAUAAGGACUUGCUGAAGCAAACUCAGCUAAUGGAACUCGCGCCUGAGGGCGCAGACGACGUUAAGAAACAACAAUUGAUGGAACUUGCCAUUAUGAAUGGCACAUAUAGGGAACCCCAACAGCAAAAUGCUCGUUAUCACAACAAUAACUCCUCCUCACAACACAGUUCUCCAUCGCCUUUGUCGCCGAGUCUGACUUUUGACGAACAGGAUAACAAGGAGCGUCAACAGGCACAAGUACAGCAGCUGACUCAACAGCAACAGCACCAAUACCUUCUUCAGCAGCAGUACCUCUCAAUGCUCAGCAGUCAGACAGCACUUGCUGCAUUGACGCAAAAUCCUGCUGCCCAAUUACUGAGUGCUGCAGGACUUCGAUUUAGCGCUCCGACGGCAUCAAAUCCUGCUUCCGUAGCUGCUGCAGCUGCGAAUCCACUACUUCUAGGUGCUACUGCGAAUUCUGCCACUCCAGUGAAUGCGACCACGCCAAACGCAGCGACCGCUGCAAUGAAUUUAGCUGCUGUAAUGGGUGGAAUGCCAAAUAUGCCUCAAUCUGCUACAACUUCUGCUGUCAAUCCUCAGUUAGGCGGUGCAUUUUCCAGUGAACAACUUGCAGCUUUGUUUGGAGUAGCCAACGGAACAGUAUCACCGAAUGGAACUGAUGCCUCCGCGGCUAUGGCUGCAGCCGGUUUCCAUGGAACCUUCUCUACGAACUCCACGGCUGGAGCAAACAUAAUAGGGGAUUAUUCAAAUUCAACCGAUGUAGACGGUAGCUCAGGUAUGGUUCAAGUGGUACCACAGUGUAACACUUCUCAUUAA